CCUGCUCAGCCCACCCUUCGCUCCGCGCCGCUCCGCUCUGCACGUCCUGAAGCAAUGAACAGUGGGAUCUGUAUUUGCAUCCUCCUGGCUGCCCUGUCCAGCAGCUGCCUGGGGCGUCCGCGCGCUGCGCCCUCCCGGGACGACGGCAGACCGGCGGCGCCCCAGCCGGACACCGGCCUGCCAGAGCACCGCCGCCCCGCCCGCUCCGCGCCCCUCGCCAGCCCCGUGAAGCCUUUCCCCCAGCUGGAGGAAGGGACGGACGCGGGGGCCAGCCUCAGCGAGCUGCUGGCCAGACUGAUGUCCAGGAAAGGGUCCUACCGCAGAAACUCCACGAUGAACAGCAGGUCCAGUGGCCUGAGCGCCAACCACAGAAUAAAAGACCGGGACUACAUGGGGUGGAUGGACUUCGGCCGCCGCAGCGCGGAGGAAUACGAGUACUCCUCAUAAGGGCCAGGCUCUCUGUACAGAGAGACAGAAAUCAAUUCCACUUCUUUUGUCUUUGAAAGAAUCAGUGUCUCAGAAACUAUAUUUAUUAUGUAUUUGAUGUACAUUUGUUUGUAAAUCUAU